GUGAUCGUGGCAAAGCCGAGAGAUGUAGCAGCGGAGCUCACUGGGACUCUCCGUGGCCACCUUCGUCACUUUUACUUCUGCUCAUCUGUCCGACAUUAUCACUGGGAAAUGGGGGCGUUUUGAAGCGCUUCUUCAUGACGAGUCGCAUUGUAUGAAUGAGCCACGCAAUGCGACCAAGAAGAGCUGUCCCCUCGGAGGAUAUACUGCGGUUCGUUGGAGUAGCUUGAGCUAGCAUAGGGCUAACGCCUUGUGUUGCCUUUCGGAGCGUAUCCUGUCAAGAUGCUGCGGUGGAUACGACAGCAGCUGGGCUUUGACCCUCCCCAUCAGAGUGACACCCGGACGGUUUAUGUAGCAAACCGUUUCCCCCAGCAUGGCCAUUACAUACCACAGCGCUUUGCAGACAACAGAAUCAUCUCAUCCAAGUACACGGUUUGGAAUUUUGUCCCUAAGAAUCUGUUUGAGCAAUUCCGGCGGAUAGCAAACUUCUAUUUUCUCAUCAUCUUCCUUGUGCAGUUAAUGAUAGACACUCCAACUUCCCCAGUCACCAGUGGGCUCCCUCUCUUCUUUGUGAUCACAGUUACAGCUAUUAAACAGGGCUAUGAGGACUGGCUGAGACACAAGGCAGACAAUGAGGUGAAUGGAGCGCCAGUGUUUGUGGUUCGCAGUGGAAGUCUGGUAAAGACCAAAUCCAAAAACAUCAGGGUUGGGGAUAUUGUUCGUGUUGCCAAGGAUGAAACUUUUCCAGUUGAUCUGAUUUUGCUGUCGUCUGAUCGUGUCGACGGUACUUGUCAUAUCACCACAGCCAGCCUUGAUGGGGAGACAAACCUUAAGACCCAUUUUUCUGUGCCAGAGACUUCUGUGUGCCAGUCAGUGUCCCAGCUAGAGGCCUUGCAGGCUGUGGUGGAGUGUCAACAGCCAGAGGCCGACCUAUACAGAUUUGUAGGACGUAUAACUGUGACUCAGCAUGAAGAGGAGAUCGUCAGACCAUUGGGUCCAGAGAACUUGCUGCUCCGAGGGGCAAGGCUGAAAAAUACCAAAGAGAUUUUUGGUGUGGCAGUUUAUACAGGGAUGGAAUCCAAGAUGGCGCUCAACUACAAAUGCAAGUCCCAGAAACGCUCUGCUGUUGAGAAGUCCAUGAAUACCUUCCUGAUAAUCUACCUGGCCAUUUUGCUGUUUGAGGCGAUCCUCAGCACUAUUCUGAAGUAUGCCUGGCAGGCUGAAGAGAAAUGGGAUGAGCCUUUCUACAAUCAGAAGACUGAGCAAGAGAAAAACAGCAGUCCGAUCCUUAAGUUCAUAUCAGACUUCUUGGCAUUCCUGGUGCUCUACAACUUUAUCAUCCCGAUCUCACUGUACGUUACUGUGGAGAUGCAGAAGUUUCUGGGCUCCUUCUUCAUUGGUUGGGAUUUAGACCUUUACCAUGAGGAGAGCGACCAGAAAGCUCAGGUCAACACUUCAGAUCUCAAUGAAGAGUUGGGGCAGGUUGAGUAUGUGUUUACAGACAAGACCGGUACGCUAACAGAAAAUGAAAUGCAGUUCCGCGAGUGUUCAAUAAAUGGCAUCAAGUAUCGGGAAAUGAAUGGCAAACUGGUACCAGAGGGGAUGACUGAUGAUUCACCAGAUGGUUCUUCACCUCGUCUGAUAGGUGAUGAAUUAUUAUUCCUCAAGGCCGUGUCACUGUGUCACACCGUUCAAAUCAGCUAUGACCAGCCAGAUUCCCUGCUAGGAGGGGACCCGUUCUCCCACGCCAAUGGUUACUCCUCUAAUCACAUGGAGUACUACGCCUCCUCACCAGAUGAGAAAGCUUUGGUAGAGGCAACAAAGAGAAUUGGAGUGGCUUUCACAGGCAGCAGUGGAGAUACCAUGGAAAUCAAAACUUAUGGGAAAUCUGAGAAGUAUAAACUGCUCCAUGUCUUAGAGUUUGACCCAAACCGUAGGAGGAUGAGCGUCAUACUGCAGACUCCCUCAGGAGGAAAAGUGCUUUUCACAAAAGGUGCUGAGUCUGCAAUCUUGCCUUUCAGCACUGAUGGAGAGAUUGAAAAAACAAGAUUACAUGUGGACGAAUUUGCCUUGAAAGGUUUGCGUACCCUCGUUGUAGCAUGUCGCCACUUCAGUCCAGAAGAGUACAUCGAUGUGGACAAGCGCCUGACUUCUGCUCGCACGGCUCUGCAGCAGAGGGAGGAGAAACUACAGGAAGCUUUUGCCUACAUCGAAAGAGAUCUGCAGCUCCUGGGAGCAACCGGGGUGGAAGACAAACUUCAAGACAAAGUUCAGGAGACAAUCGAAGCUUUGCGCCUGGCAGGAAUCAAAGUGUGGGUGUUGACAGGAGACAAACACGAGACGGCAGUCAGCGUCAGCCUGUCAUGUGGCCACUUUCACAGGACCAUGAACAUCUUGGAGCUUCUGCAGCAGCGCUCCGAUAAUGAGUGUGCAGAGCAGCUACGCAGACUGGCCCGGAGGAUAAAAGAAGACCAUGUUAUUCAGCACGGCUUGGUUGUAGAUGGAGCUAGUCUGUCUUUAGCCUUGAGGGAACAUGAGAAACUGUUUAUGGAAGUGUGUAAAAACUGCUCAGCCGUGCUCUGCUGCCGUAUGGCUCCUCUUCAGAAAGCAAAGGUGGUCCGUUUGCUAAAGACCUCCCCAGAAAAGCCAAUAACAUUAGCUAUCGGGGAUGGAGCAAAUGAUGUCAGCAUGAUACAAGAAGCUCAUGUGGGCAUAGGCAUCAUGGGGAAGGAAGGUCGACAGGCCGUGAGAAACAGUGACUAUGCAAUUGCUAGGUUUAAAUUCCUGGCUAAACUACUGUUGGUCCAUGGUCACUUCUACUACAUUCGAAUAGCUACUCUUGUACAGUACUUUUUCUACAAGAAUGUGUGUUUUAUUACGCCACAGUUUUUAUACCAGUUCUUCUGCUUGUUUUCACAACAAACUCUGUAUGACAGUGUUUACCUGACGCUGUACAACAUCUGCUUCACCUCGCUGCCCAUCCUUGUGUAUAGUCUGUUUGAGCAGCUGGUCCAUCCUGACAUCCUGCAGAGUAAACCGUGCCUGUACAGAGAUAUCAGCAAAAACUCUCUGCUGUCCUUCCGGACGUUCCUGUACUGGACUGUGUUGGGCUUCAGUCAUGCCUUUGUGUUUUUCUUUGGGUCCUACAUACUGAUGGGGGAGGACACCACACUCAUGGGCAAUGGACAGAUGUUUGGGAACUGGACGUUUGGAACACUCGUCUUUACUGUGAUGGUCAUCACUGUGACUUUAAAGCUGGCAUUAGAGACGCAGUUUUGGACCUGGAUGAACCAUUUUGUGACGUGGGGCUCAAUCGCUUUCUAUUUCAUCUUCUCUCUCUUUUACGGAGGGAUUAUUUGGCCAUUCCUGCACACCCAGGACAUGUACUUCGUCUUUGUCCAACUGCUGUCCAGUGGUUCUGCCUGGUUCGCCAUCAUCAUUAUUGUCAUCACCUGCCUCUUUCCUGACGUGUUGAAGAAGGUCUUAUACAGACAUCUUCGUCCAACCAGCACACAGAAGAGUCAGUCUCUACCAGCCCACCAGGCCCAGGCCCUCAGCUGUCUGGAGUCCCUGUGCUGCUACCAGCAUGGGCAAAGCGGCUGUUCCCGCCUGGCCCUCCUCCUGGAACAAAUGACGGGACAAUGCAAGGCCAGCGUCAACAAUUGCCACUCAUCCAGCCGCAGCAACAGGUGGGGAGGACUGCAACGGCGACGAGGAACCAUUAUAAUGAAUUCCGAUGAACCUUUUGAUCUGGGCUGCAGUUCUGAAUGUUUUAGCCCAUGAUUUCCCCGCGAGUCUCUACCUGUUCAAAUUGGCGGCAGGUAAAACACAGCUGUGUGGAAGCAGAGUUACAGAUGGUUCAAGGCUGGUUUUAGGGGUGUAGAUAAACACCUUAAAAAGUUGGAGAUGGAUGAUGAGUGGAUCAAGCACUUCUAGACGUCCUCUGUUAGCUUUUUAUUUCUAUGAUAUUCUGGCAUUAUUACCAACGUAGAUCUACUUAGCCUCAUCCAAUCGGAGCGUGCAUCCAGAAAGGCACUGAAACCAAAAAUAUAGAGCAUGAUGGUUGUGCUGUCAACACGGUGUUGGACACUUUGGGCCACAGUGUUUGGAUGAAGUGCAGUUCAUUGUUCUUCUGAUGUUACGCAUUCAGCUGGGCACUGUCCAGUCCACAAAACCCAUGCCUACUGCAAAUGUAUCUGCCAUAUGUCUGUCCUUAUCAUGUGCUAUGACCUGUGGUGUUGUCUGUCCUGAUCGUCUUCUGUUCUUAUAGAGUUCCUCCUUAAGCUCAAAGUAUGAUGUCCAGAUGGGGAGUGGGAUUUUUUAGAGAAAAUAGUUUAUGCACUUUAAUAUCGAACAAAACUACUUCAUUCACUGGUUGGCUUAGACCAACACUGCAUCUGUAGCAGAACCUCAUUUUGCAACGGGUCAACAUAUUGGUUGGUUGGCAUCAUAAAUUAUCCACAUAUUAAAUGUUUAUUGACAAUAAACUCUUUUAUUUUUAGCUACUUAAAGAAGUAUAAAUAGACUGUUUUUAUUAUUAUUAUUGUUAAGCUUUACUGGGUAUUAUUGCAUUUUGGAGCUCCAAACUAUACUUAGGAAUGACCCUUAUCUAGAAAUGUAGCAUGAUGUCUAUUCGCAGCAGAUGAGAACGAUUCCUGAAUACUGCAGCUCCAUCUGAUUAUACAUUUAGAAAGUUUGACUCUUGAGUUCUCAUGGGACUUACUCCAAAGAUUGUAAGCUAAGUUUACAGUUAGCAGGUCUGCUCACUUUGCACUUUCUGUUUCUCUCUUUACCUGAAUCCCAGUGACCAUCUGAGGCAAUUGAUUGGUGAUCAGCACUUUCUGCUGAGCUUUCAUUACCUCUGAAAAUGUCUCUGGACACCAAAUAUCGAUUGGAUCAGUAAUGAAGAUGUUACAUUGUUGUCUUUUGUUAGCAAAUUAGUUUUUUUUCUGUUAAUGGUUGUGGGAAAGACGACAUGCUGUGGGAAAAAAGGAGUGCAGUAUCCCUUUGUGGCAUCUUGGCUGGAGAUGUAUGGGAUUACUGCUGUCGACCAAUUUGAGUCCAUUUUAUUGCUGAAUCAUCCCUUGCUUAUGAGCAGCUAUACAAGAAACUCCAGAAUACAACUUUAUGUGAGGAAUACCCGGUGACGGUAACAGCAACACCCUUUACUGUGGAAACAGUUGGUGAGCAAAGAAGAG